AUGGCCACUACUAUCCAACAACAAGAAGAACCCCACAAGACCGGCUUUCUUGACCUCCCGGUUGAGAUUCGUCUGGAAAUCUACGAUGAACUCCUCCUCACAGCGCCUUACACCCGAUGUGGCCGACCAUGCCCUGAACAAAAAGUCCAUGCUUCUCUCCUCCGCACCAACCGCCAGAUUCACGAUGAAGCUACAGAUCUUCUCUACGGCUGCAACACAUUCCUCUCUCACCCCACACUGCUCACCUCUUUUCCUCGCCUCCGAAACUGGUACGGCCCCGUCAAGGAGUCAUCCAUCAUCCCAAGCAUCCGCCGCUUCCAUACCCAAGUCCGCCUCGACGUCGAUCUCCCCUACGACGCUGAUGCCGUGACAAAAGCGUACAGCGGACUUGACGAGCUCACCAUUGACGUUGUUCAGUCCAUGUUCCUCGGCGUCGGAUAUCGCAAUCUACGCAUGUUUGAGGGUGUCAGGGGCGUCAAGAAGGUCAAUGUCACUGGCAGCACAACUGGCUUCGAGGACUACGUCGAAUGGCUCAAGAUGUGCAUGAUGACUGAACCUGGUUCCAAGGUUCCCGAGUAUGAACCUCAGCAGCAAGCUGGUUGGAUCCAGAGACUAGCUACUGUUCACUAUUAA